GACAGUAGUUGCCGAAUGAAAUUCUCUGCGGUUCGAUGGAAAUUUACCGGCAAAACAAAAUUGUGUGUUGAGUAAUUUUGCAUUUUGCCGUCGUGAAAAACUCGAUUAACUGUUUGCAUACCAUAAUGAUGGAGAUUUAGAAAAAAAUCGGGAAAUUAGUAGUUUGAGUGAUUUUUUGUUUUUGACAGUUGUAUUAAUUAUUGAGUGGUUAUGGUUUGAUAGAUUUGAUAAGUCACUUGUGGUUAUAACUAAUGACAUAAAGUGAUUAGCAAAACAAGGAUAGAAGUGUUGACAAUAAAAAAUAAUUAGAUCUCGAAAUCAUGUGUUCAAGCCAACGUUCGGAUAGUCCGGCGGGUUCGGAAAUAUCAGUUGGGUCACCGAGCCCACCGCCCCAUCGCGGAGAUGAUUACUUCCAACCCUUGAAACGUCUACGUCUUGACACGGCUACAGAUACUGCUGCCAAAGCUAGAACAGAAAGAUUAAAGAGUUUUUCGAUCGCCGAUAUUUUGGGCAAAAAUGACAACCGCAAUAAUGAAUCUGAUGAAGUUCGAAGUUUGAAUUUGAUUGUUCGGCCUUGGGAUGCGGUACGUGGACCGAUUCCUGUGCGGCCGGCAUUUUUUCCACCUGCCGCUUUGUUGGAAUAUGAACAACAUUUGGCAGCAUUGGAUUAUCAUAGACAAUUGCAGGCGCAAUUAUUGCGCCAAAUGAGUGUGGACAUGACAAUUCCGACAUCGGAAAGCGGUUCGGAGAGAUCUAGUUCGGCAGCAAGUGAUGAUUGUUAUUCUCCCGAAACGGGUACAAGUAAUAAUCGGUUAUCUUCGGAACCGGAUUUGAGAAGGGACUCGAAAGAUGGGCAGAGUGUAAAUGGUCAAAAUAAAUCUAGUUACCGGGAUAAGGCUAAAUCGAAUGGAACACCGCUAGAUGCUUUAUUUCAAUUGACAAAUAAGAAUUUUGACGAUGUGAAUGCAACAACAACAAGUGAUUACUCUGUGGCCACAAAAAUGAUGAAUUCCUUUGCGGAAUUCCCUGAGCUACCAUUAUACGGACACAGAGUCACCGUGCGCGGCAAUAUUGUACAUCACACAGAAGCACCAAACGCGCAGAAUUCAGAUUUGAGCUUGAGCAGCUUCUCUGAAUCGAAUCGAUAG